AUGCCUUCCCUCGUUGUGCCAGAGUCCGGCAUGUCGCUGAGCAGCUCCGCGGAUGCUACUUCCAAGCAUGGCUCCGUCGUCCCCGAGGUCUUUGGUCUCACCCUCUCGGAUAGCGUGAUUGAAGACAUGAUCAAAUGUUUUCAGAAUGACAAACCUCUCCAAUUGUCGUUGGGGGAACAUCCGAGUCUAUCUUAUGGAACGAAAACCCAGCACCUUUCCACCUCCGACGACCCAUUUACUCACGAACUCUAUCGAAGUUCCGAUUCCGAUGCCGAUGCAAUGGCCUUCUACGACAAGACUUCCAAGAAACAAGAGGUCGGAACAAAGAAACCCAAGAUUGUCAAAGUCGAAUCCAAACCCAACGCUACAUUCAUGGGUCUCUUCGGCGGCAAGAAGUUCAAUCCCGCCCUCAAGCCUCCUGUUGCUGCGGUCAAGCCCAAGGCUACCUCGAGUGCUGGAACAGACGCAGCUCUAGCACAACUUCAAUCGUCGUUGGCCACAGAGACAGCGAGGAAGGCAGGCAAUACGACGAAAUAUAUCAAGACAGGACUCCCCGUCCCUGGGAAAAAGGGUGCUAGUAACAAGAACAAGUUUCUAUCCAACAAUCGAUCCCUUGGUAGCGACACAACACGAUCAAUGCCGUCGAGUCCAGCCCUAUCUGGUGUCAGGUCCCCAUCAAAUGGCCCCACCUCCGUACCCCUCUCACAACAACAAGCCGAACUGGCCAAGGCUGCCCGCAAGCCUAUAAUACAUCUGCUUUCUCUUGGCCCCACGAGUGAGCAAGAUCUGAGAGACAUGCUACCGGAGAUUGGUAGCAAUGAUUUCAUACAAACUCUUCAUAGGGUCGGAGAUUUGAACGAGUCUAUUGGCAAGCACGAGUUGCGAAAACAAUAUUGGAAGGAGCUUGACGUAUGGUCAUUCGCAUUUCCGAACCAAGAGGACCGUCAGCUUGCAAUUGAUAAUGCUGUCAAACAGUACGACCGCAUGCGAUUGGGCGUAUCAGAGCCAGAGUGGGACCGAUUGUUACCAAAAUCGGAACGUGGUACGGGAAAGAGUUUGAGCAAAUUACAAGCUCAGAUUGCACGGGGUGAUCUACAACGCCCACCGAAGAUCAAGCUUCAAAAGGAGGAUGGCUCAGGUCGCGAGACGUCCGGACCAGAGGAUGAGGUUCCAAUUAAGGACAAGAAGGUGUCCAAGGUGAAGGGUGAUAGCAUGACUAGAUCUGUGUCACAACCACCUACCACCAAAACGAAGAAGGUCGGCGAGAAGGAGACACAAACGAAGAAACUGUUGGCGAAGACCUCAAAGCCUAAUCUGAAGCCUAUUCCGAAGCCAACAGCAGCUGCCAAAACCAAGACAGUUACCAAGACAGCGGCAAAAGUUCUGUCAAGUGAAUUUGUGGAAGAUUCAGAUGAGGAGGAUGAAUUCCCCCAAAGGACUUCCAAGCCACCCAAACCGAAGCCAGUUGCUCUUCCAAAGCGUCCACGCGAAGAUGAUGUAGAGUCUAGUGAUUCAAGUAUUCCUCUAAGCAAGAAGGUCAAGAAGGAUACUACAACAUCCACCAUUCACCGAGUUUCCGACUCGCAAUCUUCUCGAACCACCAAUACCUCAACCCAAUCUUCUUCAUCUACCAAGACCAAGGAUACCUCGCCUCAAAAGUCUUCUCCUCUAGCUUCCUCGCCACCAACCAAUGCAUCCGAUGUCGACAAUUCCUCAGGAGACCGCACUUCCUCUUCAUCUUCAACAUCUCCUGCGAAUCAUCUGAGCUCCAAGAACUCUAGGUCGCCAAUUCACAAGCGCCAUCACAAGUCAUCCUCAGUAGCCUCGUCGGUUUCCUCCACCUCGAGUCGGUACUUGAAGCCUGAGGUCAUGGAUUUGGCACGCAAAUACCGAAGUUACUAUCCAAGGUACGAGGCACUUCAUAGGGAAUUGGCUGGAAUGAAGUCAAGGAACAUUGAUAAGGAGAUAGCGCUGUUGGACAUGCAUGAAAGGCUUGCUCAGAUGAAGCGGGAGAUCAAUGAGGGAAUCGUGGAGGUUAGUUGA